AUGGCCACCCUGGAUGUGACCAUCAUCCAGGAGUUGGGCCUGGAAAAGAAGGGCUUCCGCGCCGUGGCACCCAACGACAAAACGACCAGCUACUUGUCCGGUUUCAAGAACGCCUCUCACUGCAUCGUUUGGGCGGCGAGCGACGCCAAGGUGGCCGGAGAAAACCGCGCCAGGGCGCUGAUCCUGAUGCAGUUCCGUGUCGACGGCAGCCUGGGGUUUCCAGGAGGCGUGCUGAACCUGGGAGAGUGCCCCGCCGCCGCCGCCAACCGCGAGAUGAAGGAAGAGAUUAACCUGGACACGAGCAAGCUGUUCGUGACGCCCAACAACCACCUCAUCACGUUCGUCAACGACCAUAGCAAGGUGGCGCUGCAUUUGUACUCCUUGCAGAUCGGGGAGGAGGACUUCAUCAAGCUCGAAAAGAGGAUCGUGGACGCCCCCGACUAUGGACAGGAGACCCUGGGCUUCUUCAGGGUGCCGCUCUUCAACAUGGCCACCGGUGGGUUCGAGACCCUGCUUCGACAGGUGUUCAUCGGGAUGGCCAAGGAGCAGCUGUUGUACGCGCUGGUCAGACUCGGCAUAAUGACGUCGGAAGAAGUGAUAACUGUGGGCUGCCUGAAGAAAGAAGCGUAACGGGAUGAAGGCUUGGGUGGAAUCUCGCGUUAAAAGUGGGUGCUCGCUCGAAGGGGCGUUCAUUAUGACGCUAUUGGUCAAGGAGUUUGCAUCUUAAA